AGUGCCGCAUCCUUGUGUCGCCGAUAGACGGUAGUCCGAUGGUGUGGUAGUAUAUUGGUAACAGUCGUCGUCGACGUAGUCGUCGUGGUAGUAGUGGUACUGACGGUAGUAGUGGUAGUGAUAGUAGUGGUGGAAGGACCGCACAGGCCAGUCAGAACUCCCUCGCACACGGCGAGCCGACGAAGAGCGGCGCCGAGUCUAGAACACGAGGCGAGAAUCAGUACGCUGUCGACCUCGAACGAGCGUGGACGCUUAUUUGCUCCUUCGGCAAGCAUCUUUCGGUUCGACAUUAAAAACGUUUAGAAAAAAACACGAAGAAAAACUUAUCGCGAGGUAUAGAACGAACGAUAUCAUCCGUUCGAAGGAUAUAUUAUACGCGUUCGUGUGACUCCACUUGUUGGAUUUUUGGAUUACCUUGGAGGAAAUAGACGAGUUUUUUUUUCUAACCCUUUCUUUUUUUUUUUUUUUUUUUUUUUUUUUCUCUCUCUCUCUCUCUCUCUCUUUCCUUUUCUUCUCUUUUGUCAAUCAAUUAAUUUAUUUUACACCAUUGUCAUUGACACGUGACACAGCGCAAGAAGACAGAUAGAAGAUUCAGUGUCGUGAACCUUUCAAGUGCGCGGGUGUUUGGAGAAUCAAGAUCUGAUUUCUCUUAUUUCGAGAAGAUCUUUUUUUUUUAGCUGUGAACGUGCGCGUUCAUGAGAGGAAAAUGAGCGGACACGUGGUGGAAACAACGUCAGAGCUCUCCGCUUUUAUGAAAGCUGGUGUAAUGGCGGGCUCCGAGAGAGAUGCUGGAUUCUGCAGCGGCGGCGACGAGGACGACAUGUCUGGUUUGCACUCGCCAAGUGCCUCCGAGGACAGCGUCGAGGUUCAAGUGAUACCAAUUUCCUUGAGAAACAAGAGAAAACUCGCCGAACCGAGAAAAAUACAGGAGCCGAGUACGGCACCGUUAAAGAAGAGAAGAUUCGAACAAAUCGAGGAAAGGGUUGUUGCUGACGAAGAAUCGAGACCAGCCAGAUCACCGAGUCCCUUCAGACCUUGGAGCAGCACGUCGAGCAAAAGUAACGAGACGAAGGCGAGCACAACGAAAACGGCAUCUUCGACUACGACAGCGUCGAAUGGCAACGCUGUUUCUACGAUCGUAUCUGCCACGUCGAGUGGUGCUCGUGGAAUAGAAAGAGAAGAGGAAGAGACCAGAAGAAGAGAAGAAGGUAGAAUCGAAGAAGAAGCGUUGCUGAGGUUACGAGAGACGAGCAACCGCAGGCCAGAUUCUCCGAUUCAAGUUCGUAACGCGAUUCCGAGACGAGAAAUACGUCAGAGGUUCGAACAACCAGCACCUACGAGUAAUAAUUCUCCGGCUCCUCUUGCACCUGGUAUCAUUCUUCCACCGCAUCCGAAACUUCAAGAGGAACCACUGGCACUCGUUUUAAGAGGAGAAAUUCCAAGAGUGCCUUCGCAUCCGGCCGUGAGCGGAACGUACGAAAGAGUACCGCCGUCUUAUCCGGUAGAUAGGUCACCAUCAUCAACAGUCGCAUCACCAUCAUCACCAUCAUCAUCAUCACCAUCAUCAUCAUCAGCAGCAUCAUCAUCCUGUACCGCCGCAUCGGCAACAAAGUCAUCAAUCUCCAGCCACCAACAGACCAAUCACUCGAGGCAUCAUCAGGGUAAUGCUGCCGGUGGAGGAAGUGGCCAACAACGAAACUACAAAAAUAUGACCCGUGAAAGAAGGAUCGAAGCCAAUGCCAGAGAAAGAACGCGGGUUCAUACUAUAAGCGCCGCUUUCGACACUCUCAGACGGGCUAUACCGGCUUAUUCGCAUAAUCAAAAGCUUUCAAAGCUCUCUGUACUUAGGAUCGCAUGCAGUUACAUAAUGACUCUAAGUAAGAUCGUCAACACCCCAGAAGGCGAAUCGACGACCGGUGCGUCUCUCGGCGCCUGCGUAGAUCUCGUCUCCAGGACGAUUCAAACCGAAGGGAAACUUAGAAAGAGGAAAGACGAUUAAGAACAGAGUCAGAGAGAGAGAGAGAAAUUCUUCUUCUUUCUAGUUUUGCUUUUAGGCCUGGCAUCUAAACGAAGCUCCACCGAAGUUAAUAGAGUGUGCCCGAUGCCCUAGUUUCUAAACGUCGAAUCGCAAGAAAAUUCUAUAUCGACGUUUAUUACGUACAUCCUCGUUGGCAAAUUUAUAUACAUAUUACUAUAAUAAGAAUGAAGACUCUAUAUUUAUCCGAUUGAUCUAUUGUCGUUUUUUCGCUAAACAAGUUCGACGAUAAUCCUUUUGAAGAUAGAAAUUGUUCUUGUAACAAAUUUAACGCUUAUUUCUAAAGGUUUAUUCGCCGUAACUCGAGAGAUCUGCGAACGGUCGAAUUAUUUCAAAACGCAUUUACGCAUUAACGAAAAGUAAGACAAUAAAUACCAAUCGCCAGAGCUCGAAUAUUUGACCGCUCGAACUUCUCUUGGAUAUCAAGUUCCGAAAAUCAUCGCGAUCUCGAAGGAUUUCAUUCGUACUUAACUUGUAUUCAUCGAGCUUAAGGAAUAAUACCGUAGCGUGAAAUAUUAACUUUUAAUUUCAUUUAAAUGCAAAAUGUUGUCGGAACGAAUGGUACAAAAAUUCCGAUCGUUGCUCGCAUGAAAACUAUAUUAAAAAUUAUUAAAGAAUGGUGUAACGUUUCAUAUGUUAGUAGAUUCAAACUGAUUGACAAAUGAUACUUAGAAAUGAGAUGUGUUGUACAGAUCGAUGGUUUUUAUUCGCGUUUGUCUUUUCUACGUAAAAGAGAGAGAGAGAGAGAGAGAGGGAGAGAGAUCUCGCUCUUAAUAAAAAUGAUAAUAAUAUCGAGUGGUACACACGUAUACAUCGAAUGCGAGCUCUAAUAAAGUUUAAGUUAAUCGCUAAAACGCGUGUAAAUAUAUUACUCCGAGUUGCCAUAAAUAGGCUACGCCGUGCAUAUUAGUUACGUUAUUACAAAAUAAGAAUAUUAUUGUCGAUAUAGAAUAUAUUAUUAAAAAAAAAAAAAAAAAAAAAAAAAAAAAAAAAAAAAAAAAGAAAAAAAAAAAUAAGAAAGAAAAAAAAGAAAAAAAAAGUAUGAUAUAAUGCGCGAACGAGAAGGUACGACGUUGUUAUGCGUCGUAAUGCGUCCGUUCGCGCCGCAGCGAUUUCCGCUGAAUGUCCUGUAUGUACCUUUUUACGUUCUAAGAUAACCUCGCGUUUUAAAACGAAGUUCAAAUAAAUUGCAAUUGUGGAGAAAAACAAUGAA